GUCGAAUUAUCAUGAUCGAAAAACAUUCACGAGGGCGCCAUUACACUGCCGGAGCACAACUCCCUUUCCCAUUGGUGGAAUCCAACAGUUGAGUAGUGAGAGUGGGAGUCAGAUCAGCCACUGGUAGGCGUUACCUCGGCGACAGUUUACAAGGUGAACAGAAUAAACCCAAAAGGAAGCGACGACAGUCGUCACUGUGGCAUCGUGUCAUCCUGUUAUACAUCUCCACCGUCUCCUCAAUUCUAUUUUGGUAAAUCCGUUUGUGUCGGUAUUUCCGAUGAUUUUGAGUUAUUCUCUGUACUCAGUGAAAUAGUGAAACAAUUUUUAAAUUAAAGUCAUCAGCGUCGAGACUCUGGAUCGUGCGGGAUGAAAUUCCCCUAAUGAAUUGUCGUCUCUAACGGCUACAAUCGAAUCAUCGUCAGUGAUUCGUUAGUAAUAACUGAUCGUUACCACGUAAUUACCGAAGUGAUAUGUAGCGGUAGAUAAUUUGAGUGUUCGACAAUCGUGAUAAGAAUAAUAAACAUUGGAAGUGUGACUGGAGGGGGCGAGGGGCUAUCGUAGUUGACAAUUGGAUAAGUGUACAGAUGACAGAGAUAAGUAUGGUAUCGUAUUACAAUCAUCUGUCAAUGUAUAGACAACAGCAGCAGGGUGGAAAUGCCCAACAACUGGAGCAGCCGGGCCAGGCUCAUGCUCAAGCGCAUCAGCAUGGUCACCAACAAGCCGGCCCCCAGCAGUACUGGCCAGCGGGUUAUGUGCAUCAUCAUCAGGCAGCGGGUGCACAGCAGUACUUAGAUCAUCCGGAUAUGUUUGCCUGGCCACAUCCCCAUGCUCAUCCUUACUCACAUCUCCAGCAGUAUCAUCAGCAUAUGUAUCAGGCGCAGAAUGAACCGGCCCCAGCACAUCAGCCACCGGCUGGUGGAGUUGGCGAGUGGAGUGGUGAUGAGGGAAAUAAUAAUGGGGUUGGAGCUGGUGAACCCAGUCCACCCAUCACUGUCAGUGGCAGUGAGGUUAGCAGCCCUGGCACGCCGGCAUCACCAGUUGGUAAUAGUAGUUCUAAUGCACCCAAUAGUGCAUCGAGUACACCAAUGAGACCUGCACAACUCAGGAGCCCUUAUGAGUGGAUAAAGAGGCCAUCGUAUCAGCAUUCGCAAAAUCCAGAUGUUGAAGAGAGGAAACCAACGGUGAAGAGUGAAUAUGAUCCAAAUACUGCUGUUGCAGCCUGCAGCUUGGCUGGAGGUUCAACUGGUACAUUAUCGAUAUACCCAGACCCCUGCAGCCUGGAUGGUAUGAACAUCAUAGCCAAAGGAAAAACGCGAACGAAAGACAAAUAUCGAGUGGUUUACAGCGACAAUCAGAGGUUCGAGUUGGAGACCGAGUUCUGCAGCAGUAAAUACAUUACUAUCAGAAGAAAGGCUGAGCUGGCGGCCAAGCUUCAGUUAUCUGAAAGACAGGUUAAGAUAUGGUUCCAAAACCGCCGAGCAAAAGAGCGUAAACAAGGUAAAAAACGAUUGGAGUUGGAGCAGAAGGACAUCAAGUGUGAGAGCCUCUCAGGCGGUGGAAUGGCGAGUCUAGCAGCACUUGGACAAAUGACUGGUAUGCUAGGUGGUUUGAUGCACUCCACGGGCUCACCACCUCUUGCUCUCGCCCCACCACUUCCUCUCGGCCAUCCUGGCCAUACACAUCAGCAAGGCCUUCCCCACUCUGUCAUGGGAUUGUGACCCGAAGGCACUGGUAAUAUCGAGUCAUGGUCCAUUCGUUAAUCAGUACUGGAAAUUAAUCCUCGAAUACAAUAGUCACCAAGCGAGCUUGAUUGAUUGAUUUAUUCCUCGAUUGAAUUUUCGAACGAAUUUUGAUUUUCCUCCCCUGACAAUUUUUUAUAAACGCCGCAAUCCAGCACGGCGAUGUAUCGAUCGAUGUAUAAUCAAAUCAAUAAUUAUCUGGGAUAAGGAAAUAAUUUCAUCACUGAAAAAAUAUUCUAAUAAAUUUUUUUUGUGCAGAAAUAUUUUUCUGUUCUCAAAUGAGAUAAUUUUAUUGAUAUUGAUUGGGUUACUAUCGAUCUAUUGAUUUGGGCAGUGCGAUAUAAUAAGAAUGUACUGUACUAGUGUAAAUGCAUCGACUCGAUAUCUUUACCUUUCAUUUAUCUAUUUUUGUAAAUAAUUAUUGCAACAACUUGGGAUCCCACGCUGAAUGGAGUUGUAAAUAUAUUCGAUUGUGCUUUGAAGUCAUAAAUGUCGCGAUAUUUGCGUGAUAAUUUGAACAAGAAACUUGCUGAGGGUCCGUUGUUUUGUUUGUUGAUUCUAAUUAUAAUUAAUUCAUCAUUAUAUUUUCAUUUUUUUUAUACAAACAUGAGUCCCUCCAUUACUUGUGCUUUGGAUGCAUGAAAAGAAAUUUAUUAUAACCGUUAAUAUUAUUAUGCUCAGUUAUUGUUGUUGAAAUUAUUUUAUUGGAUUACAAAUUUCCCAUCGUUUAUUUUAACUCGUCGUUUUAAUAUAUUAAAAUCAUUUAUCCCAGAUUGCUUACUGAUUAUUUUUACAUACACGCCCGUGCGUGGAACGAAUAAAAAAUGAAAUUUUUUCAAUUUUAUGAGAUUGCAAAUGGACAAAUGUAGAGUAAAACAUACUUUGCCAAAAUCAAUGAUUUUUAAAUAUUAAUUUUUUUCACAUCUUGGGCCGUAAUUUUUAGACAGAGGCGUACUCUGGAUCUAUUUCUCGACGCGAAAAAUCGAGGAAUAAAUCCAAAUAAAACAUUCCGAACGUGACGUUUGCCCCAUAAAGAAAUUAUAAAAAUAAAUUGAAAGUUAAAUCAGGAUGAAAAUCAAAAUCCAUGGAAAUAAUUUCACACCUGAGUAUCUUUGGCCCUAUUACAGAGGCGUUAAAAUGUUAUUCACGGUUGUGUUAAUCAUAAGAAAAUUAUUUAGUAUCAAUUGAAAUGCUGUUGUGCAGUGGAAGGGCCUGAGACAUCCGACGGAUGAGAAAAUCUUAAUAACGAACUCCUUUGAUUCAACGAACCAGCGCAGAUACGAAAUAGAUUUUAGAAUGAUACCGCAAUUUUUAUGAAGCAUUUUUUAUCGCUCUUAAUUGUCUAAAAGAAUGGUCUCGAUGAAAUUUUUAAUAUUUUAAAGAGUGAGAUGAAAUUCAUUCUAUUUCUCGGCUUCGGUGUUGAAUUUUGUUAAUUCAUCAUUGAUGACUGGGUUAAUAGCCUGGUCAGUAGUUUGCCAAUCUCUUGGAACAAUUAAAAUUACAAAUUAAAGGGAAAUAAUGAAAGAGAAGAAGUUUUAGAAGAAUCACUUUGUUUCAAAGGAGAAGAGGUGAAACGAAACAAUUUUCGCAGGCGUUUUUUCUUGAUGAUGGGCCCUAUAAAAAUGUUUAUAUGACAGAGAUUAAAAACAGAACUUGUUCAUUUUACUGGCGCUUUCAAUGCUGCAUUUAGGUUAUUAAUUACUCAUAUGAUUAAUUCAUCUAGCAGUAGAUUAGUUACUUGAUCAUUUAAGAAAAAAAAAUUAGUAAUAAAGUUAAGAUUACGAAAAGAAGAGCAAUCAUCAGAUUUAGGGGAGCAGUGAUGAGGCGAAACAGUUUUUAAGAAUAUCUAGGAAUUUUUAUAGUUUUUUUCUAGCUCUUGCUUUUUCCAGAAAAAAAGGGCCUCUAAAUAUUUCGUGAAUCGAAGGUUUGGAAUUAAAUUCAAUAAUUGGGUCGUUGCUUCGAUACCACAUCAAUUAAUUGAUUUAUUGCUCAACUCAUUAGUUCUAGAAUAAAUAAAUUAAUUCAAUUAAUCACGAUUGCACAAAACAAUUGAUUUGAAUAAUUGCCACCAAAAAUUGUUAAACAUUCGCUCACUUGAUUAAUCAUAUAAGUGUCGAUGCAUAACAAUUUGGUAAAAGUAUCAGGAAAUGUUUAGAGAUCCAUUUUUGUAGUACUCAUUCUUCCUAUAAAAAUAGUCCCUAUAAAAAUUUGGAUGAACCAAAGACUCAAAAUGAGAACAAUUAAUUAAUUAUUCAGCUGAUUAACUCUAUAGUCAACUGAUUAAUUAAUUUGAUCUUAAUCACUCAAAAGUCCUCGGCUGUCUCUCGUCCAGUCUUAGUCCAUUUCCCAUGUAAUAUAUUAAUGAUUAAACUACGUAAUGCACAUAUGCCUUAAAACAAUUUGAUCAGAGUAAUCUCGGAUGCAAUUGUAUACGUAUUAGUGUCCCAUAAUAUAAAAAAAAUUAUGCGUACGAUAAACAAUGUAACAUAGACGUUGUUUAAGUGUUUAGUCGAUAUGAGUGAGCAUGAGAAAAGCUAUUAUGAAGUCGUGUGCCUUGAGUUCAAUUAAAUCUAAAAAAAAAAUAUAAAAAAAAUUAAAUAUAAUUAGUUGGUAAUUACUGACCGCGAUAUUAAUAAUCGUUUUGUAUUAUUGAGAAUCUUUGAACAAUUUACUCUGUAGAACGAGCAACUUGUAAAUAAAUAAAAGUAAACGUGA